AUUAAGGUUAAAAACUAUAAUCUAUAAUAACCAACAAGCUUGUCUCUCUGAAUGCGUACCAAAACACGUCUAAUGAAAAUUUGCUUUUGCAGAGGUGAACCUAGAUACGUGCGAAUUGGUGAACUGCAAUUAGAUACGAACCGAGACGAUGCGCAGAUACAAGAUUUUACCAUAUCUCAACUGAUUAGACAUCCCGACUAUAAACCUCCAUCCCAAUACAACGAUAUAGCAUUGCUCAAACUAAAUCGGAAAGUACGCCUCAAUUCGUAUGCAAGACCGGCAUGUCUUCAUACAAACAUGAAUAUACCAGUUUUGAAAGCAGUUGCGUCCGGUUGGGGCAAAGUGGGAUUUUCUUCAGACGUUAGCAAGCAUUUACUUAAAGUAACCUUGGAGUUUUUUACAAAUCCUGAGUGCAAUAGUACAUAUCGCAAUAACAUUGGAAUGAGACUAAGGAAUGGAAUUAUGGAGACUACACAAGUAUGUGCCGGUCAUCAUACAGAAGCCAAAGAUACUUGUCAGGGCGAUUCUGGUGGACCUCUGCAAAUUGUUAAUCCAGAUCCAAACAUUUACUGUAUGUACUCCAUAGUGGGAGUUACGUCAUUUGGAAAAGCGUGUGGGGUUGCCAAUCUUCCCGGUGUUUAUACAAGAGUAUCCAACUAUGUCGACUGGAUAGAAAAAAUUGUAUGGCCAUAAAGUGGAAACAAAACUGUGUAGAAAAUUGCUGGACUUUAUGUACCACAAAACGGAACAUUUAGCAUUUACGAAAAUUAUAUGAACGGCAGCCACAUUUUCUAGUUAUUAAUAAAACUGAAAUACUUGUCAAUGAUAAUAAUAAUUAAUAGGAUCUCUCUAAUGUAUAGACAGCUAAUAUUUAAGAAACUAUUUAAGAUAACUCAUUAUAGUGUUAUAACAGA